AAUUUUGCAAACAAUUUUAUAUUUUCCCCUUCACAUUUUGUUGCAAACAAAUCGAAUUAGUAAUAAACAUCUUCAUUUUGUGUUAAUAAAUCAAGUAAAUGGUUACAUCAGUUACAGAAACUGAAACUGACGACGAUUCAGUUAUUGUAGUAGCAACACCAGCUGACCCUAAUCAAACAUUGCAACUUGAUUGUUGGGAUGAAGAGUUGUCUGAAUUUCAAAAAGCAUUUUACGAGAAAGGCGUAAAAGAACACAACGACAUCAAAGCAAAAAUACAAGAAGUUGUUGGGGGAGCUCAAAACAUAUUUUCUGGUGAAAUUUUCUCGGCUUAUGAGAUUUUAGGGCCAGUGCCUGGGCUUGAUGAAUUCUCUAAACCAAUUUCAUCGUUUAAUAAAAAAGAACCGAAGAGAGACCGUGGAAGGAAACGUGAACGAGAAUCGUUCCAUGCUGUUGAUGAUUCAGAAGAGGAUGAAGACACUGUUCCCUUAUCAAAACGUAAAGCUAAAGAAAAGAAGAGAGAAAAGAGAAGUCGACAUGAAAAAGCUCCAAGCAUUACAAGUGUCAGCAAUGUGCGACCAACGGAAGCGACAGCAGUUGGGGGUCUUGUUGUUGGCACGGAAGCUGCUAAGAGGAAACCAAGUGCAGUCGUUGAUCUCACGAAAGAUGACAAAGACAUGACCAGCGACGCAACAGAAGUUUCAUUUAAUAAGUUAAACGGCAAAACUUUCCCAUCGCUUGUUGUCGUUGCACGUCCGUCACUUCGUGUCAAAGAAACAUUCAAGAAUGAUCGUUCGUCAUUGGAUAGUAAAGUGAAAACUGUGCUUAUGCAUCCAGCUGUGAAAUUCACUGAAUGGCUCAUCCAACAAGGACUUGUUAAAUCAGAACAACAAUGUCAAGUUCACAAUGGUCGAAAUUUGAAGCUUGGGAUGUAUUCGGAUGCUGGAAAGUUUCCAUAUUCAGGAGGAUAUGUUUGGAUCUCGCAAUGUUGUCCAACACGCUUUGUCUCUGUCUUCAACAGGUCAAUCUUUGAAGGUGCACCUUACGCUCCAACAGUUUUACUUAAACUGAUUUAUCAUUGGACAUGCCAAACAAACGUCACAAAUGUCGUGCAAUGGGUGAAAGUUGACAAUUUAUAUUUGAAGAACUUUUACAGUUGGCUUCGAUCGGUUUGCACGUUGGCACUUCAAACACACAUGGGAAAAAUGGGUGGAUACAACAAGAAGAUUGAAAUGGGAGUCAUUUCGUUAGGAACGACGACACAAGAUGGAAAGCAACGACAAGUUAAAGUGGAAGUUUUAGGAAUUCUCGAUCCAGAACAGAAAUUAGUGAGACUGCGUGCUGUUGAGCCGUUGUCAGAUGGAGAACAGAAUCACAAGAAAAGAUUUGCUAAAAUUUUGGAGCCUCUUGGUGAGUGGGUGUCGCGGGACUCCACGAUUCUCACUGAUCUGACUGUCGACAAGAAUGUUUUACAUCAAAUGGGAUUUAAAAAUAUUGUGCAAGUUUCACCACAAGAUCAGACUCGUGUCGCUAACAGCAAUGCCAGCAUUAUGGAUUAUUUACGUCGAAUUGUCCCUCGAAUGUUCCAAAAUACUUUAAGUUUGUUGAGUCGUCAGAUAAUUCAGCAAUUCCUCGACGAAUUAGUUUGGCGUGAACAAUUUGGAACGAGUCCAGGCCAGGCAUUUGAUCACAUAAUUACGCACAUUGCAGAGCAAACAAAAGCUGAAGCUAAGGAACCAUUCACAUCACGAUUAACAAAAGUUUCCGCUAAUCCUUAUCGUCAGUGGGUGGCAUCGCUGAAAUCAUCAAAACGAAAGUAAUUUUUUUUUUAAUUUCUGUUGUAUAAAGUUUCAAAAAACGUCAAAUAAAAAUUAAAACGAGAAAA